AAGAAAAUGAGUUUUCAAUUUUUCUUGCUACUUGGAAUAUUUACAGGACAUUUGAUUGAAGCUAAAGUAGGCUCCACUAUGCACAAACCUGUAUUUGCAGACUCUAAUGAAGUCGAUUCUACAGUGCACCACAACAUCAGCACAGAAUCUCUUUUGGGGGAAUCUUUAAAUGAAGAUGGUACAAUAGAACUAGAAGAUGGGGAGCCUGGAAAACCAGAAUCACGCGAGGAAAAUUUAAUAUUAACUAAGUCUUCAUUGAAAGAUUUAGACGAAUCUGAAUCUUCCACGCACAGCAUAGAUCAAAGCAAGUCAGAACCAACAUUAAAACUAGAACCAUUCUCCCAAGCUAAAGAGGAAUCUGGAGCUCAUCAAGCCAUUCCGAUAGGAGAGAAGCCUGUUAAAGUCGAACAUGAGUCAGCUGUUGAAGAGACGACAGUUUUAACCCUUGAUACAGCUGUUGAAGAGACGACAGUUUUAACCCUUGAUACAGCUGUAAAAGAGACGACAGUUUUAACCCUUGAUACAGCUGUGGAAGAGACGACAGUUGUAACCCUUGAUACAGCUGUGGAAGAGACGACAGUUGUAACCCUUGACAAAACUGAAGAAAAACAUGAAACUACAAAGAAAGGAAAGUCGGCAGGGGGAGGACUUGCUUCAAGAAGAAAUGAAGAUGGAUUGAAUGAAUGUGUUCUACUGGAAGACGACUCCUCCAUGCCAGAAGGAGAACAAAUUUCUUGUACUCCAACUAUAUUCAGAGGGUUUGGCGUCACAGAUGGACCUGCCAUAAACGAAUCCUUCUGCACCUGUUUAAUGGAGGGCCCUCAUCGAUUUCAACUUCAGAUGAGCUCAAAACUUGCAGUUGGAGUAACAGAAGAUGCUAAGUUUUGUAUAUUUACUGAAGAUUUCUCCAAGAUUCCAACAAAUCAAGAAGUUCCCUGUACACAAGUUAUACUCAGAGCUUUCUCUGGUCAAACAACUGAAAAUGUUGAAAACAUGAAAUGUACUUGUUCUUUGAAACCAAAUGGAAAUGCCUUUUUAAGCUACAGUCAUGGAUUCUAAGCAAAGAAUUUAUUUUAGGAGAGGAUCUGACCUUUUUUAUCGUUCUGCAGGAAUAUAGAACCAAUAAAUGAUAGUGAAAAAGUUGUUAAAUAUAUAAAAAUAUACAAAUAUACAAAUAUUUCAUUA